AUGUCGUACACCAUGUUGAAUUAUAUCACCCCUCUUAAAGAAAAUUGGAAGAUCAAAGUUAGGAUUGUGAGAGUUUGGUAUGUUCCAGAUUACAAUAAACCUGAAAAAAUUGGUUCAAUUGAAUUCGUUUUGGUUGAUGAAAAGGGAUCAAAGAUGCAAGCCAGUAUCAAACAAACACUUAUUCAGCGAUUUGAAAAACUUGUGAAUGAAGGCUCAACUUGCAUCAUUUCUAACUUUGGAGUAGGAAAAAAUUAUGGAAAGUAUAGAGCAACUUAUGUAAUCGGAACGAUUACGGGAAUUGGUAAGAUGAUAGAUGAGUCGAAAGGUUCUACACCAAAUUUCAAGCUGCCACUUGAGAUAGAAGAUCAACAGAAGAACAAAUUGAAAACUACUUUAUGGGGCAAGUAUGCUGAACAAGUGUCAAAUUUUGUAAAAGAUGACAUUCAAGGACACGUUGUUAUCAUAAUACAAUUUGCUAUGAUUAAGAUCUUUAGAGAUGAAGUUACUCUACAAAAUUCACUUUUUGCAACAAAGAUAUUCCUUAAUGAAGACAUGUCCGAAGUGCGUGAUUUUAGGGGCAGUGUUAGCAUUAUCGGUGGAGAUGAUUCUCGUUCACAAAAUAUAACUCAGUUGCCAAGUCAAAUGUCACAUUCUUUGUCCGAUGAAUUUUUGAUAAUGUAUGAACGCAAGCAAUUGGACGAGAUAUGUGAGACUAAUAAAAAAUGUUAUUUUGUGACAUUUGCUACCAUCGUUGGUAUAGAAUCUGAUACCGCAUGGUACUAUAAUUCUUGCAAACAAUGUAACAAAAAGGUUGAUUAUGAAGGAGGUGGAAGAUAUUGGUGCCAAAAAUGUGACGCACAUGUGCAAUCUGCUCUGCCAAGGUACAAAGUGACUCUGACGGUGGAAGAUGAUAGCGGAACAACAACUUUUGUCAUGUUUGAUCGUGAAAUAUUUCAAAUUCUUCAAAUAUCAGCUAUGGAUUUGAAGGAUAAGCUGUCAAAGGAAGGAAGAUGA